GCCGUUCCGGGGCGGCGGGGCCGGGACGCGGCUGCUCCGCGGGAGCUGCGAUUCCUGCUGCAUUAUGUCAGGAGACAGCGACUGCACCAGGACAAGUCCGUCAGCAGGGUCUCCAUCAGACAGUGAGCUCCUGCCAGACCGACCAAAGUAUGUGUGUACCCUGUCUCCUGAUCUUGUUACCAAAGCCCGGGAGGAGCUGCAGGAGAAGCCUGAGUGGAGGCUCCGUGACGUGCAGGCCCUCAGGGACAUGGUGUGCAAGGACUAUCCCUCCCUGGGCACCUGCCUGGACGAUGCUUUUUUGCUGAGGUUCCUCCGAGCCAGGAAGUUUGAUUACGACCGAGCUCUUCAGCUCCUGGUGAACUACCACACCUGCAGGAGGACCUGGCCAGAGGUGUUCAGUAACCUGAAGCCAUCUGCAAUAAAGCCUGUCCUGGAGUCAGGCUUUGUCACUGUGCUGCCUCACCGGGACCCGCAGGGACGUCACGUCGUGUGCAUCCGCCCAGACAGAUGGACACCCAGUAAUUAUCCGAUUACUGAGAACAUUCGUGCCAUAUACUUAACCUUAGAAAAACUCAUUCAGUCCGAAGAGACCCAGGUGAAUGGAAUUGUAAUCCUGGCAGACUACAAAGGAGUCAGCUUAUCUAAGGCGUCUCAUUUUGGUCCUUUUGUAGCCAAAAAAGUGAUUGGAAUUCUUCAGGAUGGAUUCCCCAUUCGAAUAAAGGCUGUUAACAUAAUAAAUGAGCCUCGUAUAUUUAAAGGAAUAUUUGCAAUCAUCAAGCCUUUUCUGAAGGAAAAGAUUGCAAACAGGUUUUUUCUUCAUGGCUGUGAUCUGAAUUCCCUUCACCAAAACAUUCCUCCGGUGAUCCUUCCUGAGGAGUAUGGUGGUACUGCAGGCAAGCUGGACAUCUCUGCCUGGAACGAGCUGCUGCUGGCCUCUGAAGAGGAUUUCCUGCAUGAUUUCUCAGAGCUGGUGCUGCCCUGUGACAGCUCUCCCCACGACCUGCUAGUGAGUGGGGAUGCUGAUGAAAAGCAGUGUGAUGAUUCCCUGCGAGGGAUGAAACCUCAGCUCUAUUACUGUUACUAACAAACCACAGGAGGGAAGUUGUUUCCAGCACAGUUAAGAUCUGCUCUGCUAGGUGAUGUUGUGAACUCUGCCUUACUCCUAAACCUGCAGUUUGGGGACAGACUGCUGAGGCACUUUACACUGUAGAACCAAAGGAAGCUGGAGAGGGCACAAUGGGGGCAGGGCAGAGUUCGGGGAGGGUAAAAGCAAAGAGCACAAGUUUUCUAGAAGACUUGAGGCUCAUCAACCUCUGUGUGAAUGGUGCAAACUGGACUCUUCUUUCUAAGGAUAAAGGGAAAAAAAUUAUUGCAGAUAGGUAAGCUUUGACAGUUUCUUGUCCUCACCCCACACAGGUGAAAAGUGAGGAUGAUUUAUGAGCUUUGUGAUUAUCUGGUCUCUUCCCCUUCUGCAAACACCAGUAAUGAAAGACUGGUGAAAGAAAGAAAAUGGCUUUUGAACCCUGCAAAAUAUAAUUCUGUAGUGAAGAUUGCUUAAAACCAUAGAAGUCUAAUUUGGCCUGUCCUCUGUCAUGUGGUUCAGAUUGUGAGUUGGUGUUUCUGAAAUAUCUCAGUGAAUAUUUCUUUCAAAUUUAUACAGAACAAAAUUUACUCAUGAAUACUCAUGUAUGGAGAUCAUCUCUUAAACUUCUUCACAGUUGGAGGAAAUGUGACUGAUGGAUUAACUACCAUAACAUCUAUACCAAGGUUUAUAGAGCAGAUGCAAUCUUCAUUUUCAGAAAACAGCACGUUUUUCAGAUCAUUGAAUAAGGCUUUUGAUUGGACAACAGCCUCAAAUAAUGAGGUUCAGGACCAAAUAAAAGAAAGCUGUGUCAGCCACUUCCCCACAUUGACAGUUCUUUUCUGCUUGAGAUAGGAAUUGGGUAAGUACCUCAUACCCAGGAUGUGUGAGGAGGUUUUGUAGCAGUUGGCAUGUGAUGUAUAGAAGGCAAUACUUCAUGUAGGACAGCAAGGUGCUGCUUUAGCUUGUUACUGUGGGCUAAAUUUGAGUUUUAAGUCUGUGAAGCCAAAUGCAGACAGGCUUUUUAAAAGCACAUUCUUAAAUUUCCUGAUAUUGUAGCAUUUUGUUCACUGUGCUUGUCAGCUCUUCUGUGAAACUUGGUUUUUAACUUUGUUGACCUCUUUUGUCUUUGGUUGUCAUGUUCCUGUAUGGAGUUAGACUUGAAUCAUCUCUGUGAUAUUUACUCAUAACUUGUAUGCCUGUGCUUCUAGGUCUUUGUCUAGAGACAGAACUAACAUUGAUGUCAAACCAGGUAAGAUACCUGUGUCUGAAUAAGCUGUUCCCACUCCCCAAGUUCAUUUUAUUUAAUGGUCUUGACUUAACUCUCAGCACACUCUUUGCACACAUUUUUCUGCACUGUAAUGGUGUGGACAUAGGAAACCUCACGAGGACGAGGAAAGCACAGUCUGUUACUUCAAAGUGAAAUAAUUCACUCUUUGG